AUACUUUGCGUCUUGUGAGGCAUUCUGUGUGGGCAUUUACCGCUCACAGAGAUCGGCAAAAUCCAACAAAGGAAAAAUAGAGUCUGCAAUAGGAUUUAGCUUCAUUCAGAUAAUCAACCUUCAUCUUCUCGUCGGGCUUCGGCCCUCUUGUAAUCCAAAAGAGAUAAUCAAGCUUAGGAAUUUUUUCAGAUGAAUGAACAACAGCAACAAAACAACAGAAUUUCAAUAAUGAACUUCGGAGAACAGCUCCUGGGUCAAGAUGGGAAACCAUUUCAAAUGAACAAUACAUGGGUACCCAUCACCCCUGCGAAGCUCAUUCAAGUAAGACCUAACACAGUAUCAGGCUGGCCAGCAAACCAAAUGAGCAGAGCAGAUUAUCAAGAAUUUCACAUACCUGGAAGAGACUACGUGAAUGAGAUGCUGCUGCAUUACCAUGGACCAUAUCAGGAUCCCCGUCUGAUGGGGCAAACAUUUCAAAUCGGAGAGCACAGCAAUUUUGGUGGCAACUUGGUCAACGGAAACAGUGUUAUCAAUCACAUUGCAGGCUCGUACACUCAGGCACAGCAUUAUGAGAGCAAUAGAUUGAACAAUAAUAUGCUGAGCAAUGGAUUGAACAAUAAUAUGUUGAGCAAUGGAUUGAACAAUAAUAUGCUGAGCAAUGGAUUGAACAAUAAUACGCUGAGCAAUGGAUUGAACAAUUAUACGCUGAGCAAUGGAUUGAACAAUAAUACGCUGGAACUGCUGCUCAAUAGGAAUGCAACUAAUAUUGCUACUGCUAACAGUAAUUUGGAUACAAGCAUCAACAUGGCAGCAAGAAAUCCACUGCUCCCAAAAUUUAAUCCUCAGACUAGCAGUGAUGUGAGUUAUUCUUAUGCAGCUUCAGACAUUGGGUACAGAGAAGCAAAUAGACUUCUCAUUCCAAAUAGGGUUUCUGAAUUUAGUGGCUGCAACACUGACAGUUUGCUCAACAAUGAUAUUCACUGCUCAGUCUCAAACCAACUGAAGGGCAUCUUCUCCAAUGCAUCCUAUGGUGAUACUUACCCUGAGCAUUAUCUCAACUAUGUGCCAACUUCAGAAGCUGAUGCUACCACUAGUUUCACCAACUCCCUCCAAUCAAUACCAAAAGCAAUGGAUCAGCACAAGUUUGUGGAAAACCAGUUUGCGCACUUUCGUGAGUUGUCGCGUGAUCUUGACAACCAUGCAAUAGCUGAAAGCUCAAGUCAUGAGAAAGAUUUUGUUCCAUGUACAGAGAAUGAAAUCCAAGAUUAUAGUGAAGGGCUUCUACAGAAAAUUGUAGAUUCUUCAUCAGCAAUAAUCUCUACAACACAUGGGGAUCAAAAGGGAUCUGUCAGCAACAACUGUGACAAGGGAAGUAAUGAGAUUUUGGACCUGAACAAGACACCUGAGCAGAAAGUAACUAGGCGCAGAAAGCAUAGGCCAAAGGUAAUUAGAGAGGCAAAGCCCAAGAAGAAUACAAACCCUGCCAGUCAAAAGACAGAGAUGAAGGAAAACUCACGCAAAAAAAGGAAGGGUGUCACAAAAACUGCAGCAACACCGAAGGCAGAUGUAAUAAAAGAUAUGUGUGAUUCAACUGCAGCACCUACAAAAUCCUGCAGGAAAGCUCUAAAUUUUGACUUAGAAAAUAGUACAUAUGAAAGUCAGAGCAGCAUGGUUUUUCAGCAAGAGAUCUACCAUAUAAAUGAGAAAGCUUUUAAUACCGCUUCAGACUACAAGGUCAAAGAGAUGCAUAGUGGAGAAAAUAUUAAGUAUGAUGCAGACUCGAGUUUGAUGAUCAGCCAGCAGGUUGAACUUGCAGUAGAAAACCAACAACCCAGGAACACAGGUGAUAUUACACUUCCAUUGAAAGAAAUGGUAACAAAUCCUUUCUUGUCGGAAAGGGAAUCAACCAUAACCUUGUCAGAAACUACAGAACAGCAGAGAGCAAAAUUUCCGGUCACUGAGAAAGGCCCAGCCCAAGGAAAUACUAGUUUAUGGAAGGAAAGAAAUAGUGGAUGUGUGCAGCAAUACAUUAAUGCAAAUGAGAUUGGCAACACUCUCUUUCAAUCAGAAACAUGUUUUGAAAACACUCAGGAGACAGGGGAACUAGUUUUUGAAAAUAUGUUUCAGUUGCCUAGCAUUCUCUCCAAUUCCAUUGAAGCAAAGGGUUCCAAGAGAAAAUAUUCCAGCAGCACUAAGAACCGACAUAACACAGCCACAAAUCCACUUGAUACUUCCUUGUGCCAAGAUAUUUUACAAGUGGAUGGAAACAUCAAAGGUGCAACUCUUGCCAAAGGUUUCUUUAAAAAAAACAAAAGGAAAAGAACUCAAAAUAGACUUGAUGCAAAAGUCCGGGGAGGAUCUUCCAGCCAAAUAAAGCCUAAACAUGAUUCACAGAAAGUAAGAAAAGAGGGAAAAAUUGGGUUUCAAUCGCAUAAAGAAGAAAUCACAAACUGCUGUAUUGAAAGCAGUAGAUUUGUUGAGAAGCAAAACAGUGGAGCCAGCACCGGUGAUUCCUUAGCUAUCUCAGGAGAACCAGACCAGAUAUAUUCAACCAUGAUAGACAAAAUAAUUUGCCAACUAAAUAGUCUCAACUUCAAUGAGGGCAACACAUCAGAGAUGGAAGGGCAAAAGGCACUUGUCCCGUAUAAGGGAGAUGGUUCUAUAGUACCCUACCAGGAAUUUGGAUUUGAAAAGAAACAUAAACCAAGGCCUAAAGUGGACCUUGAUCCAGAAACAGAGAGAGCCUGGAAACUGUUGAUGGGGAAGGAAGAAAGUGAAGACCUUGGAGAAACUGACAAGGAAAAGGAGAAGUGGUGGGAAGAGGAAAGAAAUAUAUUUCGUGGACGAGCUGAUUCCUUCAUUGCACGGAUGCAUCUUGUUCAAGGAGACAGACGAUUUUCAAAGUGGAAAGGAUCUGUGGUUGACUCGGUGAUUGGUGUUUUCCUCACUCAGAAUGUCUCGGACCAUCUGUCAAGCUCUGCCUUUAUGUCUUUAGCAGCAAGGUUUCCUCUUAAGUCAAAAAGCAACAAGAGAACUUAUGAUGCUGUUGUCUCAGACACAUUGGUUGAAGAGCCACAACACUGCAUAGUAAAUCCAGCCGACACAAUAGCAUCAUAUGGAAGAGGGACAUUAAACCCAUCAACCUACUAUAUUGACUUUCAGAUGCCACAUCAUACAGGAGAGUUUUGGAGAGACAGCGAAACUUCAAGGAUAAAUGAGAGCCUAAUAAAGCCAAAUAAUCAUAGCUCAGAGGAAGAGUUCUUAUCAUCACAAGAUUCUCUUGACUCCUCGGUUACUCAAGAUACCAGAAUUAGAUCUAAUUCAGAAUCGGAAGUACGUAACAGUGGGUGUGACCCCAAUAAGGCUCAGUUCUUAACUUCAGCAAAUUCUUUACAGGUAGGAAAGGCCACUAUGUUUCAGGAAUUUUACCACAGUGUAAAUGGAGUAUCACUGUUUGCAGAGAGAACCAAUGGAAAUCUGCAACAACAUGUGAAACAAAGUUCACAAGUAGGCAGAAAUGAUAGUCACAGUUUCCAAUCAGCAUCUGGUCAUGCCAGCAGGUUUGGUUAUUCACAAAAGCAACAACUACCUGUAUCUCCUUCAACAGACUAUAAGUCAUAUUAUUCAUACAUACAAGGUCUGAACACUUUUCAAAUGAAUGGUGAAGAUUUUUCUUGGCCUGAAACUGUUUCCAUACACAGUGAAUUUCAAGACAACAAUUAUAUGAGAUUUGGCAACAAGGGAGUAGGAGAUGGUAUGGAUAAACCCACUGAGAAGCAGCGUGGAAAUGGAACAUUAGGGUCUCCAGAGUUACCAACUAUGAACCCUUAUGAACCAUUAAGCAAGCAUUCAGUCCUUGUAGGAGACACUUCUCAAUCUAGAUCUCGUAUAAUUUAUAAUCAACCUUCACCUGACCAUCACCUUGUGGGUCAGAAAACCUUCAAACCAGAGCGCAGGACAUAUGAAGAAUCAUCAAAUACUUCUCACAUAUUGGGAAAAUAUUGUGCAGAGAACGAUCACAGCAAUAUACUUGAGCAUGCAGAAGAAGUUGUUGACAGUGAAAAAAUUAUAUCCACAGAAACCAGGCAAGUAUGCUCUGAUAAUAGUCACACUGAACCGAAGGCAGAGAAGCAAGUCUAUUCUCCAGGCCAAAAAGACAGAGAGAGCAAACUCAAGGCUCGAAAAGCAAGGAAAACGAAACCUGAGACCAAGAAAAAGCAUGAAGAUGACUGGGACAAACUAAGGAAGGAGGUACGGGAAAAUCGAGUGAAGAUAGAAAGAGGCAAAGAUACAAUGGAUUCACUGGACUACGAAGCAGUAAGAUGUGCCUCUGUUAAAGAGAUAUCUGAUGCUAUCAAAGAACGAGGGAUGAACAACAUGCUAGCAGAACGAAUCAAGGAAUUCUUGAACAGACUGGUUAAAGAACAUGGAAGCAUUGACCUUGAAUGGUUAAGACAUGUUCCCCCGGAUAAAGUAAAGGACUAUCUGCUAAGCAUGAGAGGGUUGGGCUUAAAAAGCGUGGAAUGUAUACGGCUCCUGACACUUCAUCAUCUUGCUUUCCCAGUUGACACCAAUGUUGGAAGGAUAGCCGUUAGACUUGGAUGGGUUCCUCUCCAACCACUUCCUGGAGAUUUACAUAUACACCUCCUUGAAAUGUAUCCAGUGCUGGAGUCUGUUCAAAAGUAUCUUUGGCCAAGAUUGUGCAAACUUGAUCAAAGAACCUUGUAUGAGCUACACUACCAGAUGAUUACAUUUGGAAAGGUUUUCUGCACAAAGAAAAAUCCAAAUUGCAAUGCAUGCCCAAUGCGAGCAGAGUGCAGACAUUUUGCCAGUGCUUUUGCAAGUGCACGACUUGCCUUGCCAGGACCAGAAGAGAAGCAAAUUGUGAGCAUGCCUGUUCCCAUUGCAGAUGAAAGACACCCUCCACAUUUGAACCCGGUGAUCCUACCUCUCCCUGCGAACAACAUGAGCAUAGAAGCAUGUCCUCAAAGUAGGCAGUGUGAGCCAAUCAUUGAAGAGCCGGCAACACCAGAACAUAGUACAGAGGCAUUAGAAAGUGACAUUGAGGACUUCUUUUGGGAGGAUCCUGAUGAAAUCCCUACUAUCAAUAUCAAUUUUGAAGUGUUGGCAAAAAAUGUACAGAACCAGAUGCAAGAACAUGAGGGUGACCAGUCUAAGGCCCUUGUUGCCUGGAAUCCAGAGUCUGCUUCUAUCCCUACAGCAAAACUGAAGAAUGUGAGCCGGCUAAGAACAGAACACCAAGUAUAUGAACUUCCAGAUUCACACCCUCUGUUGGAAAAGAUGGAUAAGCGGGAACCUGAUGACCCAAGUCCGUAUCUUCUUGCAAUAUGGUCACCAGGUGAGACUGCAAAUUCCAUUGAACCACCACAAAGGAAGUGUGGAUCGCAAGACUCGACCAACUUGUGCAAUGACAAGACAUGCCUUUCAUGCAACAGCAUUAAAGAAGCUAAUUCACAAAUUGUGAGAGGAACACUUCUGAUACCGUGUCGAACAGCAAUGAGGGGAAGCUUUCCACUCAAUGGGACAUACUUCCAAGUUAAUGAGUUAUUUGCGGACCACGCAUCCAGCGUUAAACCCAUAGAUAUCCCUAGGGAAUGGAUAUGGAAUUUGCCAAGGAGGACGGUAUACUUCGGAACCUCUGUAUCGUCAAUUUUCAAAGGUCUCUCAACGCAAGAAAUUCAGCAUUGCUUUUGGAGAGGAUUUGUUUGUGUUAGGGGAUUUGAUCAACAAGAACGUGCACCUCGUCCACUUUGUGCCAGAUUGCAUUUUAUAGAAAGUAGAGUUGCAAAGACAAAAAAGUGAAAACAAGAAUAACGGGACAUGUUGCUAGGAAAUUUACUGGCAAAAGCUAAUUUUGAAGAUCAAACUUUCCCAACACCAGAUGGGAUUGCCGCCAGAGUGACAGGAGAUCAACAACUUGCAUACUUUUGUAUCUUCAACUAUUUUUUUCCCAACAUGAAACAAGCACACAGCAAGGAAUGAAAAAAGUACAGUGUUUUUCUGUUUAGAAUGUGAAAUCUUGCAACUAGUGGCAUUGACCUGUAUAUCAUUCCUGUUCAAGCACAAAACAGCAAUUCAUUGACCUUAGUUAUUGCAUUAUUAUCAAUAGAACAAUUCAUUGAUAAUGAACAUAAAUUGCAGAAAUGAGAAAUCAA